UCUGUAUCUUGUAAUAAUAGCCUCACAGUACAUGAUAUUCUUCCCUUUGCAGAAAGUGAUGUCUGGACAAGUGCAAGUACUUUCAGUUCUCGUUUAUCAGUCUUACUGUUUUUGAGCUUUGUAUAUAAUAUAAGCCUGAGUACUAAUUAUUAAGGUUUUGAUAUUUGUGUGUCUUUGUUUGUUUUUAGCUGUUCGCUAUUUAGAUAAUAGCGAAGAAAUACGCCAGCGAUUUCACUGUGUGUGCAUAGUGUUGUCCCCCCUGGGGAUUUUCAGGCUGACCAAUCAAACAACAUGGAAUUGUGUUGACCUGUAACAUUCAUUUUGUUUCUCUCACAUGACAUAACCUACUGACCACGAUCAACAGAAAAACCCACAUAGUACGUCUGCAGCUAAAUGUAUGCUAGGAAUAUCAUCGGCGUAUUUUGCCAGCAAUUAAGUUUGUCCCAACAAGGAAAAAAAAUCUGCCCUGUUUGUCCCUGCCUUAACAUGUAUGUUGUUUUUGACGUUAGCACACAUGUAAGUUUAUACUGGUAGGCACAUAUGUAGGUCAAUGGUCUAGACUGUUACCUGUAACAUCCUCUAAUGAUGAAGAAAUAGCCAUGUACUUCCAUUUUUUUUUAACACAGACAUACAUGUACAAGGAUAUUUCAAGUGCAAAUCAGUGUUCACUUUAUGCACCAAAAUGUUGAAAUCCCAAGCUUGGGAAAGAAAUGCAGUGUCUUGAUUAUCAUUACACCUGUGCAUGAUAAAAACAACAUUCAUAUAGUUGAGGAAGAUAAAGAUUCAUUUGUACCAUACAACUUUUUGAUACACAGCUAUUUGCUUGGUAAUGAUAAUGUUAAUUAUAAUGGACUUAGGCCAGCUUGUCUUUCUAGGCAGGUGCAUGUAAACUGAUCUGAUCCAGAGAUCAGGAGGUUGCCAAUGGUAACCACAGUAAACAACAAGGGAAGGGGUCAGGCUGUAUACCUUUGUGUACACUCCUAAACUAGUGCACCUUUGUUUGCCCAUGUCAAUCAACUUCUCUGGCUGGCUGCAUUUAUUUUCAAAAGCUAUUGACCAUUUGCUAAACAAUUCUAUAGAUAUAUAAGACUUGUUAAGUGACAUAAAAUUUGGUGAUGAACUCCAUGCAGUACGUAUCUAUACUUACAGAUUUUGACCUCAAGAGAAUCAAAAAUUUUAUUCAAUAAUUUUUUGAUUGGAUGGAGAUUUAAUGCCAAUGUCAGUAUGGUUCAAGUUGAAGUUAGUUAAGUUUAUGGAUAGAGAAACCUUGGGCACCCUAAAGGAAACUUUCCUCUUUAAUGAUAAAUGAGAAACCUCCUGACAUUAUAGGGUCAUAGAUAACGAGUGCAAUCCUGAGUUGAAUACACAAUCUCAUUCAGUUGGUAAAAUGUGUACACCUUGUCAGAAGGGCACAUAAACAUUAAACACAACACCUGUGAUCUGUUCACUUGUACUUUUUAUAUGUAUUUUAUGCGGUGUACUGCACAAGAUUUUAAAUGUCUGAGAUAGUGUUCCUGUAAUCAGGGUGAAAUGAUUUCUCAAAUCCGUAGCUUUCGGUUGAUCUUCAUAUCUACAUGUAUUAUGCAACAGGUUACCAAAACUGUCUACAUUUCUGUGCUCUUUGUGUAAAUUGUUUGCCAUGUUUCACUUAAGCCCCACUCUAAAUCUUUUCUGUUAUUAUAAUCUGUGUAAGGAUAAAGAUUAAGGUUAUAAAACCGUUCCAUUAGGACCAUUAUGCUAUGUCAUGUAAGAAAAGGUUUUUCUGAAUGCUGUUAUUAACACUGUUAUGUAGAGAAUGGCUCAGCCCAACUAUCAGGUUUAUAUGUAGUAAAUACUUCAUAUAUUUAAUCUGCUUUUAUCCAUUGUUUAUCCUUUAAAUGGGUCCUCUGGGUAUGUAUGGAUUAAAGUCAAUCAUAAUGUGCAUGUUGAUGUAACAAGUACCUGUGCAGUGCAUCCAUUUGUAUGUUGCUUCAUGGUACAUGUUUUUGUCCAAGUUCUCUGUUAUAUGUCACAUGAUUUAGCCAUGGAGCAUAUAGUAUCAAUUAUUCAGCUAAUUAACCCAAAAAUGAACAUGUACGUUAUCAGUAAUUUAUAUUUAAUAUCAACUCUUUUGUUUAAUUUUCCAUAUAGAUUCAGUCCUGUCAAUGAGGUAACAGACAGCGGCAAUCUUUUAGUGUCUCCAGAACGACCAGAUUCCAGUAUCCAAUCAGAGGAAGAGCCUGCUGAGAAUAGCCAGGAAAAGGAGGAGCUAAUCAGGGGUGAAAAUUACCAGCUUCCAUCAGAUUUAGACCAAUCUCUCCAGGAAACAGCUGAUAUUCUGGAAGAAGGGGAAGUAACUGUCACCACAGAGCAUGUUGAGCCAAACACUGGUGAAAGUUUAAAUGUUACUGAUGAGACACCUCGAGAACAACUAGCCUGCAUUCACUGUCAUUUGCCACUUAACAGCUCUGAUUUAGAAACCACACGCUCAAACCAAACAGAAACUAAAAUUUCCCGUGAUACAGAAGAAGUUGAAUACUCAAAACCUAUACCUUUGCCGAAGCAAGGGAUUUCAUAUAUCUCCACUCGAAACUACUUAUCAGAGCAAGGAUUGGAGAUUGGACCAAAACCGUCUCAUGAGAAGAGGACAUAUAUUAUAGGUGGACUUGCCAAUUCUGGGACGGCUCAGGAGCUGGUUAACUAUUCUGGGCGGGUACCUGAGUUAGUUAAGCCAAGUAAUACACACAUGCCUUCUAAUGCAGCUCACCUGAGCUACAAGACAGUAGGGCCAAUCAUACAGAAAUCACCACACUACAAACACAGCUACAAUAUGAGCUUGUAUCACCAACCCACCUCAUUCCACCCUGGGUUCAGUCGAUCACAGGAGAGGGUGGAGCUACAGCACUUGAAUGACAGAUUCUCAGCCUAUGUGCAGACAGUACGCCGUCUUGGGGAGGAGUUCAGCCAGCUGGACUCCUCUUCUUUUCUCCACUCAUGUAAUCUGCUGGAGGAGCAGAUGGAAAACCUGAAGAAUUUAUAUGAAAAGGAACUAGAAAGUUUAAGAAAACAGCUGGAUGAGAGCAUUAAGGAGAAGAAUCAGCUGAGACGGACAAGUGAGAAGCACCAACAAGCUGCCACAAAUCUACAAAACAGGUUGACCGAAGAAUGGGAAAAAAGUUCUAGACUGAUGAAUGAAGUGACAGAGACUCGGCGACAGUUAUCACUCCUGGAAAAUGAGAUGUCAGAAAACAGGACUGCACAACAAUCUCAGGUCCAAGUACAACAGAUGACUUCACACAUAGACAGGUUGACCAGGGAGAACCAAGAACUGAGAGAAAGUCUAGAAAAGCAACACCAGGCCUGUGAUGAUUUACAGGAGAAAACAAGACAACUAGAAGAAAAAUUAUCAUUUAAUGAUCAAGUCAGCCAGUCAAGUAUUGGAGAAAUGAGAGAGAGGCUUGAGGCUGCAAACAACAGUAUUUUGACUUUAGAGUCUCGACUACGUGAACAGAACAGCGCGGGUGCUAACCUUGGUGACAUGUUGACAAAAGUUCGAGAGGCAGCGACUGCAGAGCUGCAGAAAUACCAAACAGACUCACAGGAGAGAUUUAAUAGAAAUAUGGCUGCUUUACGAGCUCAGGCGGAAGAGGAUGCUCGAAGGAUUGACAGUCUGAGAACUCAGAAUGAAGAAUUUAUUCAAAAACGAGCUGAUUUUGUGGCCCAAAUUAAGUCACUUCAGGGAAGGGUGUCAGCCUCAGAACACCAGAACAAGGCAUUGAAAGAGACACUGGCAUCAGAGCGAAACCGUUAUGCUAAUCAGAUUGCUAGUAUGGAGCAUAAGGCAAGGGAAUUACAGGAGCUUCUGAUGGACAAGAUGCAUGAGGCAAACAUGGCAAGAGAACUGCAGUUGCCACUCAAAGCUGAAAUAGAAGCAUUUAAAGUUCUUUUGGAAGAUGAGGAGAAAAGGCUGGGCCGCCCAGUUCAUGAAGGUUUUCCCCUCACAAACAGAAUGUCUACAUCUACUAAGUUAACAGAGGUGGGCUACCCCAAGUACACUGUAGCCUCAGUGUACACUUCAGCGGGGAUUCAGCUCUUGUGCCUACUGCCCCACCCAGGACACCUACCCCAAUGCAUGGGAGGCCUCUCCCUACCUCAACUACAGCAAAUGUGUACACAUACCAGACCUCACCAAGCAUCAACCAGCUUAACCUGGAGGCCACACCUGAGUCUCGGGGAACAUCGGGGAGCAGGGUGCGCUCAGCUCCAGCGGUCAGAUUUACAGAGAGAUGAUGGAAACUGGACAAGGCCAAAGUUAAAACACCACCCUUUACCAUCCUCUCAUCAUCGGCCCCUUAGCACCACUCUGGGUCAGGGUAAAGAUUACUUUGAAGAACUGUUCACUGCUGGAAAGAAGAGACAGCCCCACAAGCCUCUCCGCCCCCACAGCACCCCCGUCCCUAAACAUACCUCACAUGAUUACAACACCUGCACAACCAGUGCUACUGGGGACCUUAAGGUGUUGGAAGUCCAUCAAGAUGGCAAAUAUGUUCGUCUAAUGAAUACGGGAAAUCAAGAUGCUGAGAUAGGAGGUUACAUGAUCCAGCAGAAUGUGGGCGGCCAUCCAGUGGCAGUUUAUAGAUUCAGUCCUCACACCCGCCUGCCUGCCCACCAGACACUGACCGUCUGGUCAGGCACCUGUGACCCAAUGUUACACCAGCCCCCGACAGACUUCGUGUGGAAGGAGCAUGAGCGGUGGGGAACAGGGCCUGAGUGCACCACCAUUCUGUGUAAACCCAAUGGACAGGCUGUAGCCUGGACAACUGCCGCUCAUCGCUUCACUCGUAACAGAUUUGAGGAGGAGUCCCGCUCCAGUACAACGGAGCCUCACGUGCAAGAGAAUGGGGGUGAACAUGAAGUCAUGACAGAAACCUACGUAAAUGGGUCAGCAAUCCCUGCAGAUUCGGUUUACCUCCGAAGAGAGAAACAGACGCCACCAUCGCUGUCUCCCACCAAACACCCACAUGGAGCCUUCCCAGGUAAGAAAACCCACCCUCAAGCAUAUCCACCACGCCCCUUGACGGCAGGCAACGACAACAGCAGUCUUAAUCGUCAGUCACGCUCACAGACCUGCACCCCUGACCCACCUACAGGAGAGCCAUAUGCCGGCCCAAGUGGACAGAGAAUAGGAUAUUAUGCCCCUCCACCAGGGAUUCCACCACACAGUAGUGGCAAGAUUGCAAAUAAAGCAAACAAUCCAGGUGUAACUUCCAUGCCCCCGAGUGCUUUCAUGACUCCUCGUGAUCGCUUCAGUGUUGGCCUCCAGCAAGUCCAGUCGCAGCAUCACGAUUAUAAUCCACCCAUGCCACGCCCCCCACUCUACUCAGCCUGGUGACUUCCUGGGAUUGGAGAGGCAAUAAGGAAUACGUUGUUACCCCUCUUUAGUCCAUCAUUCAGAAGGGGGGAGUUAAAAUAACAUAUUUGUGACUAUUGAAUGACUGAUACCAGGGUUUUCUUUACCAUAUUUCGCUUAACUUUCUGUUUAACAUUGGUAGAUGUAACAUCUGAAGUUUUUCAUGAUGCAGAGAAUAUUGCAUUUAUAAGACUAGAAUAAGGUGUCUGUGAUAUUUGUGUGUUAAAGCAUCAUGAAUGCCUGCGUUGCAUGGCAUAUGCUUUAUAUGCAAACAUACCAAAAUGGGUGUUAGAGCAUUCUGUGAUAUAAUAGUAGUGUAUUUUGUUUUCACAUAUUGUUGCAUUCUGUUAAGGCACUUAAAUCAUGAUUGCAUGAUGAUAUAUCUAUUGUUUUAAUAAUUACAUGUACAUGUACCUUUCUUUGAAUUUUUUUUUUAAUGGUUGUCACGAUUAGUUUAACAACUUCUGAAGGCAUGGGGCUGAUAAAAAUGGUACCCUUUGUUAUGCCCUGAUGUAAGCUGACCUGACUGAUGUAAUAACAUUAGUAGUUAGUGGGGUGCUUAAACUGCAUUUGAACUUAUCCUUUUUCUUAGAAAGAGGUUUUAUUUUAUGCAUAUUCAGAGCUAUUUUGUGAAGUAGUGACACAUAGAUGUUGAAUUUGUACACAUGUGUAUGUAUGAAACAAAGGUUUUACGUAGUUUUUCAAGUGUAUGCCUGUUAUUGAGUUAUUCAAAUGAAUUAGCAAAAACAGAAAAAACAAUGUUUUCCAGCUUUUUCAUAGAAUUGUUGAAUUGUUUAUUGGUGAUAAGCAUUCAAAGAGUUAUAUAUGCAGAUAAAAUACUUUAUUAUGGAACCUUUAUAAUGGAUGUUUUUGUACAUAUAAAUAAAAAAUCAAAAUUGUUGACAGACUGAUAAAAUAUAAGAAAGAUUGGUAUUUUCUGGAGUUUGAUUUAAUUUCUAAAUACAGUAAUACUCUUUUCUCUAGGAAACAGAUUUUCUGUAGCGCAGCUGUCGUGGUUUAUUGUGUUUUGCACCUAAUUGCACAUGUUUACAUGUAAUUACAUGGACAUAUCUGACAUUGUUCAUUUUGUGAAAAUUACCUUGAAAAAACAAAAAGAAUAAGGUU